AUUUUUUUUUCAAAUUUAUGUUUACGCGGAUGCCAAAAAUACAACAAGGAAUAUUUUAUAUUUAGACCAAGGAGCACUUGGAUUAGGUCGUGGCUCGCGGGAUUAUUACCUCAAUACAACCAUGUUUGCUAAACAGCUGGAUGCAUACAAGAAAUAUCAGCUUGAUGUAAUCAAAUUACUAUUGGAUGAUGCUAAUGUUACUUAUGAUUUAUCACAGCUAGUCAUUGAUCUCAACAGUCUUAUCUACUUUGAAACGGAAUUUGCUGAGAUUAUAGUACCAGAAGAUGAUCGGCGCAACAUUACACGGCUCUAUAACGACAGAACAAUUUCAGAUUUAUACACAUUGUUUCCAAAG